AUGGCUGAUCGUUGGAUGACACCAUACUACCGUGAUCCAUUCCAAUCUUCUCUCCUUCCAUUCGGAGGCAGAGGUUUGUUUGGUGAGAUGGAUCGUUUUGACCGUACAAUGGACAGAAUGAUGGCUAACACUAUGGAUUGGGCCAACAAAACUCUCACUGAGAGCCACUUGUUUGCUGAACCAUGUCCAGAAGUUGUAGACAAUGACAAAGAAUUCAAGGUUAAGAUGGAUGUAUCCCACUUUGCUCCAAACGAGCUCAAAGUCUGCGUCAAGGACAACUAUCUUCAAGUUGAAGGAAAACAUGAAGAGAAGACCGAUAAAUAUGGAACAAUCCAAAGAAGUUUUGUCCGCAAAUAUGCUCUUCCAAAAGGCAUGAAGGAAGAGAACGUUACCAGUGAACUUACCAAGGAUGGUAUGCUCACCGUUGGAGGCUCCAAGCUUGCUCUUGAAGACAAGGCCAAGACCAUCCCAAUUGAAUUUAAAGGUUAA